AUGCAAUUGGUGUCGAAAGAGGGGAAGAUUACAGUGACAGUGUUGCCCUAUGGCCUGACGAUCCACUCGAUCGAAGUCAAGACAAAAGAUGUGGUGCAUGAGCUCCUAGCUGGCCCUGAAGACGCCGCGGAUCAUACCACAUAUCCUCGCCAAUUUUAUGGCCCCAUCGUCGGACGCUACGCCAACCGAUUGCCAGCUGGCCCUCGACAGGUCCACGACGCUCAUGUGGCAUGGCGUGAGUGGGGUGGCGAUGGUGUAAGUCAUCAUGGUGGUCCGCCACCUCCUUUGUCUACAGGCACAACAGACGGUCUAGUUCAAGCGGGUCCCUGGGAUUGUGUCGAAUGGACACCGUUGGAGACGCAGGCGGUGUGCAUGUAUACGCCCGAUGAGUGCCAAGCAUGGGACGAUCGGUGUGUAUGGGCCCUGGAGAGCCCUGAUGGCGAUCAAGGCUACCCGGGUCGUGUACGGGUCGAAGCCUUGAUCGGUGUACGUUCGCAGCCUGGCACGUUGGGUCAGGUCCAUGUCGAGUACCGAGCGCAGCUCCUUCCUCCCUUCUCGACAUCGACGCCAAUCAAUUUGACGCAGCACUGGGGCUUCCAACUGGCCGCGUCGGAUCCACGGUAUCAUGGAGCGACCAUUGACGAACAUUUGCUGCAGCUAGGUGUAGAGGGACAGCCCUUGUACCAUUUAGCGCUCGAUGAGCGAGGCAUUGCGACGGGCGAGGUGGAUGCGUGCGAAGGCAUGCAUGACUGGACUUCUAUGCGGCCAAUACAAGCGCAUGACUAUGACUAUGACGACUUUUACGUUUGGGGUCAGCAUGACACGACCAAGCCUGUCGCCCAUGUACAAGGACCUACAGGCGUAGAGCUGGUAGUCCGGACCAACCAGGCGGGUGUGCAAUUGUACACAGCCAACUCCAAGCCAGCGCCAUUUGCCAAAAAACAGAAACACCGGCGGCACCAUGCAGCGCCAGAGACGGAAGAGAAGCAUGGUGCCGCCUUCCUCGAGUUUAGCGCGCCGCAUGCAACGUGUCUUUAUCCCUCGUUGGCCAAGUUGGCAGGAACGACUACGAUGCUUGCAUCGCACCAAGUAUACCAGCAUUGGGUCACCAUAGACGUGAUAGCGCCUUGA